CUGUGCAGAGAUGCCAACAACGGCCAUCGAGUGCUGCUGUGGGGGUUCUGUCCCCAGGGCAGCACAGGAACCUUCUCCUGGGUGCCCGGCAGGUCCGGAUGCUGGAGGAGGAGCAGGCGCAGCAGCAAGUGUUAUUGGAGAGUGCCCAGCGGCAGCACCAGGAGCACCUGGAUGUCCAGGAGAGCAGCCACAGGUACCGGGCUCUGGCCUGUGCUCCCCUCCUCCGGCAGGUCCUUGCCCACAGCGCCAGGAGCUGGAAGCAAAGAAGGAGCAGCUGGGGAGAGACAGGCAGAGGCUGGACGAGGCCUGGCAGGAAAUGCGGCUGGAGAAGGAGAAGGUGGUCGGGGCCGUGCAACGUGUCCGGAAGCAGCAGGAGAUGAUCAGAAGCACAAAGGAGGUACGCGGAGCAUCUGCACCAUGGUUUGCAGCACAAGCCAGAGUCUCACACCCCUCCUGAACUUGUGAAUCCUGUGCCGGGAGGGGAACAAGGGGACGCCCAGAGGAGCCCCAGCGCAGGGCAGUGAGGGUCCCUGUCCCCAACCUCCCCACCCGCUCUGCCUUGCAGCUCUUGGCCCAGAAGCACGCAGAGGGGGAGCGAGCCCUGGGGGAGGCACGCAGGAUGCAGUCCGAGUUCUGGGACAAGCUGCAGGUCCUGCAGCAGCAGGAGGAGCAGCUGAAGCAGCAGGAGGAGCAGCUGAAGCAGCAGGAGGAGCAGCUGAGGCAGGAACAGGAGCAGCUGAAGCAGCAGGAGCAGCUGAAGCAGCAUCAGGAGCAGCUGAAGCAGGAUCAGGAGCAGCUGAAGCAGGAAAAGGCCUCCCUGUCUUCCAUGUUCAGUGCCCAGAUGCAGCUGCUGAAGUUCCAGGCCCAGCAGGGGGACAAAGAGUUAGAGAAGCAGAGAAUCUUCUUGGAGAACCUGAAGAAAUUACGAUACAACACUGCACAACUGUCAACAACCCCUCCAUCCUCCUCUCCUUCUGUGGGCGAUACCAUUGAGUGUACGCAUGCAUUAAUAGGGGCCCUGAGGAAAGCAUCUCCACCUGUGCAAGUCGUCGACCUGUCCUCCAUUCUCCGGCCUCCCAUUACUUUCAAGACCCUUUAAUCAGGCUCUGCCCCAGUGUCCAUUCUGUCAGCUCUGCUUCUGUCGUGACUUGUAAUAACAUCGGAUGUGAGACUGUGGGUACGCGUUAGAGGCCUCAAGGACUUCAGGAGUUCGUUUGGACACAUUAGCGAGGAUGCUUAAUAAAAAGAAAGGAAGGACUGUUGCAGAAUAAAUGUACUCACUUAAAUUCCUUUAGUUGUAUUCUAUGCUUCGACAUAUCGAGAUAAGGACAGAGAAAAAACUGCCUGGAAGACAGAGGAAGAGAAUCCAAGAAGAAACAACGAAGGCCCCAGACCCAAAAUUACCACUGGACCAACAGGCUCGUGAAAGAUGCGUGAAGAGCGGGUGCACAGACUGGGGGGGUUUACAAGCCCAAGUCUCUUUCGUCUCAUGCUCCUCCUGCUGAGAGGCCCCACGUCCAGACUGUUUCUUUGCUGUUAUGUGGUUAUUUAUGGAGAUCCCGAGGAAAGCGCCCUGCAACACUUCACCUCUGCCCGCGUCCCGACCGUCCUCCCUUCUCUGGAUGAAGAGAAGCCGCUAAAUUAAUGUGGACUCUGGUAAAGUUACAAAGACGUACCCAUCAUUAACCCAUGACGUGCUAAAUGCUUUCUAACCAGCUGCAAAACGAGGGGAUAUUUUUCAAGUUUUAAAUCCUUCUGCCUGACAAAGAGACCGCAAGAUGAAGGAACACCUUGUUUAGAAGCAGAGCUUAGCUUAUAUUUGACUAGUAAUUAAUAGUAAGAAACUCAUCCGUUAUAACUCACUUCAUACUAACCUUAUGGUAGCUCACAGGAAAGAGAUUGGGGAACCACCUGGUGAUAAUGUCAAUAGAGAAACCUUGCUGACAUAUUAUAAUCAGUCACCAUUGUAUAAAUUAGAUGAUGAGGAAAAGUGGCCCCUGAAUGAAACUCUGAGUGAUGCGGCGUUAACGUUCUUCUUGAAGAGAGAAGGCAAGUGCAGUCAAGUGAUGGACGCUGAUAUGUUUUCACUUUGCGAAAACACCCAGAGUGGCAGGCAGAAUGUGGUAUUAACUUGCCACCCCAGGAUCCAGCUGUGUUCACGUUAAAAAGGGAGCAGAAUAAAGCUCAGGAGAAGCUGAAACCAUGUUGUUCAGCAUGUAGAAUAAGACAGAAAACUCGCCUGAUGAGAGGGGAGGGUGAGAUAGAAGACUGCGUGUCCCCACAGGGCGUGGAAUUGAAGAUGAUGUGCCUUCAGCUUCCGAGCUGGUGAAACUCUGGAGAAAGAAGAGGAAAGCAGGGGAAAGAAGCUGAGAUUUUAGAUUUUAGUUGAGACUGGAACUCUUGAUUCAGUUUUGAAUCAGGAAUUGAUACCAUUAGAUGAAGAUUUUGUACCUGUGGUGGGAGCUACUGGCCAAGGAGACAAAGCUCUCUUCAUCAGCCAAUCCAAUAGAAACUGGGAAACAAAAUGGAAUUCCUAAGUUCUUAUCUAUGCCCAGGUCUCCAAAACCGUUACGGAGACGAGACUUAGGAAAACAAUUGCAAGCAAUAAUAACAUUCAAACAAGGUGAAGUGACAUUCCAGAUAAAAGAACAGCCACAGAAACCAAAGAAGGCUGUAUGCAAUGCACUGCAAGUUUGCUAAAUUGGGUGAGAUGCAGCGUGUACUGAGCUUCCCAGGAGAGAGCCCAGCACCCAGUUUUGAUGUGCCUUCGUUUUACAGACUCUGGGGUGCUGUGGGGAAGUAGUUGCCUGCCAGAGUGCUGCAAGAAAAGAGAAUCACCUCAGCUCUUGUGCUUGUGUCUUGUUUCCAGCCACAGGCUCAAGCUGCGAACCUUGAGCUCGUUUGACUUGUACAGAAAGCACGAGGAUGGCAUGACCCCGGCAGGGCUGGCGUUUCAACAGUGCCAGUGGGACAGCUGCGUUUCCUGGGUCUCCCAUCAGCUCCUCAAUAUGAGAGAGCCCGUGUUUGAAUUUGUGCGGCCGCCUGUUUACCAUCCUCCCCAGGUGAAGUUCCCACGCCACCAGCCCCUGAGGUACCUGGACAGGUACCGAGACAGCAAGGAGCCCACCUACGGCAUUUACUAGGGCUGGGCCUCCCCUCGAGGUGCUCAGCUCUGCGCUGGCUGGAAGGGCUGGGCUUAUCCUUCCUUGGAAAAAUCAUUAAAUGAACCCAGAUCAAGUA